AUGCAAUUACCCCAGUUCCCCACAGAUCGAGAAAAAGAGCACUACUAUCAUGAUGAGCUCGAUGAAGAAAUUGAGGCAUUGAGUAUGCCCUCAUCGAGAGCAAUCAACGGUGAACCCACCUCUGAUGCCAGUAGCGAUGCCGAUGGCGAAAGGGACGAUAGUGGUAGUGAUGACGACGACGACGAUGACGACAACGAUGACGACAACGAUUCCAGCGCGUCUACUGACUCCGAAUUUGAUCUGGUCUCCAUCACCGAUAGUGUACCGCAUCAAUUAGUGGUGGAGACGAGAAAUUACCUCAAGACCCAGGGUAAUUUGAAGUUUUUGGAAAAGUAUUUGCCUACAGCUGCUUCAGCCGAGGAUAUAAUCAAACUUAUAGUACAGCUCGGUUUCAUUCCUAGAAAACUUCCCAAACCCAACAAUUCCAACAUAUGGGAGUUCAUCAACGUACUCAACCAUGCCAUGAUGAAAGUGAAAUCCAUACGGUCGCGACUAGAAAACGUGACUACCGUCACCGAUGUGGUGAACUUGAUCCAGAACAGUGAUAAAAUUAUGGUCAUUACCGGUGCCGGGAUUUCUACCAGUCUCGGCAUACCGGACUUCCGGUCCUCACAAGGGUUCUACUCCAUGGUACAACACUUGGGGUUGAGUGACCCUCAGGAAGUAUUUGAUUUACGAUUAUUUCAUGCUGAUCCCAGUUUAUUCUAUUCCAUCGCAUACAUGAUUUUACCCCCGGAAAACAUCUACAGUCCCUUACAUUCAUUCAUCCAGGUAUUACAGUCCAAGGGGAAAUUAUUACGGAAUUACACGCAAAACAUUGACAAUUUAGAGAGUUAUGCAGGAAUCAACCCCGACAAGCUCGUGCAAUGCCAUGGAUCAUUCGCCACAGCGACAUGUGUCACAUGUGGGGUGACUGUUCCUGGGGAAACCAUUUUCCCUGAAAUCCGAGCCAAGGAAAUACCGUACUGUCCUCCAUGCACGAAAAAGAAGAACGCGAUUCUUAGAAAAGAUGACGACCAUUACUUUCCCGAAAGUUUCGGGGUGUAUAAGCCGGAUAUAACCUUCUUUGGCGAGCCCUUGCCCAAGCUCUUCCACGACCGGAUCAACCACGAUAUUCAACAGUGUGAUUUGUUGAUUAGUAUAGGUACGUCAUUGAAAGUUGCCCCUGUUGCUGAUAUAGUGGAUAAACUUCCGCAAACCACUCCACAGAUUUUGAUUAAUAAAGAUCCAAUAGAUCAUUGUAAUUUUGAUGUUAGUUUGUUAGGAUAUUGUGACGAUGUUGCAAGCUACCUCCUGAACGAGCUAGGCGAGAGCUGGAAGUUACCUCACAGGGAUUAUGAAGCGAUACGAGGAUUCAAGGGCAGUAAUUUGGAGUGCAGGUUGGAAGAUGAGGAUUUGCGCGAGUAUCAAAUUGUCAACCGGAAAAACCUUGCUGUGCAUGAUUUGACCGAGAGUGAGUUGGUCACGGUGGAGAAUACACCGUUGUAUGAAGAUCCACCGCUGACUUAUGAGAAUACACCGCCACCAACAAAUUCUGACUCUACAUAGUAGUUUUGUAUGUUGUAUAUUUAGUGUAUACAAAAAAAAAGUGUGAAGAUGACUCUCCUUCCUUUAAUUUUUUUACGGCCAAGAGUUGGGAAAUUGUUUACAUUUUACUUUCAUGAAUUUCUCAAAAUCCACCUUGUGAUUAUUACCUGUACAUUUCAAUAAUGGUUAGUGAUCAUGUCAAUUCAAACGAGAAAUACAAUAUUAGCAUCGUAUAAGUAAUUAGAACUAAAAUAACGA